AUGGCGGAUUCUUCUGCUGUCUGCUUCUCCACCACCUUCCUCCGUUCCGUCUCAACCUUCUUUCCUCCCUCUUCCGGCGAUAGUACCCUUUCAACAGCAUCAACAACAACAACAACAACAACAACAAACCCGAGAUUAUUAACAUCCUUGUUCCUCUCUUAUUCUUUUUCUUCACUCCCCAAGUUUUCAUUGAUUCAUCGUGGAAAAUCUUCUCGUCUCCUCCGAUGUGCUGCUAAAGAUAAUGGUUCCGGAGACUUCCUCGGAGACGAUUCCUUUGGGUUCUACCCCUGGCAAUCCCCAAUCACUGAUGCAAAUGAUGGCGGUGCUAUUCAGUGGGUACCUGAGGAUAGAGUCACACUUUUUACUGCUGAUGGACUAGUUCAAAUAGGAGGUUCCAUGGUCCCUCGCCGUCUUGCAUCUUCAGAUAAGAAACAGGGUAGAUUGAAGACUUCCCAAAGAUUACAACAAUUUCAGGAGAGUGACUACAUGGAUCCCAAUCAGGGACUGUGUUUGGGCGCACUUUUUGAUAUUGCAGCAACAAAUGGACUUGAUAUGGGCAGAAGACUCUGUAUCUUUGGCUUCUGUCGUUCCAUUGAGAUGCUGAGUGAUGUUGUGGAAGACACAGUCUUGGAGCAUGGUGGAGAGGUUGUAGCUGCAGAGAAGGCUAGCAAAGGAGGUUUGCAUGAAAAGCUUACCAUGACUGUCGCUGUGCCACUUCUGUGGGGUGUCCCUCCUGCGUCUGAGACACUUCACCUUGCUGUUCGUAGUGGUGGGGGAAUUGUGGAGAAGGUCUACUGGCAGUGGGACUUCUUGUAAUGGAAUGGAGAGAUGCUCUUGUGUAUUUGUACAUAAUUUGUUGUAACGUCUCUGUACAAAAGUACUUGUAUCUAGCUUCUGGUGCAUCUAUUGAUGCUAAUACAUUCUUGAUUUGCCGUCGACCUCUUUAACCUUGUUGCCAGAUUACAGUCUACAUAUUUUAAGGCUUUGUCUGCAGAAUGGCCGA